GUGGACUACAGAUCCUCCCCUGAUUCUCAAGCAAUUCUGUUGUAUGGACCUUCUUUAAAAACUCUCCAUGGCUAAGGGGAAGAGAGAGAGCGGAGCCAAAGGGACAAAGAUCACCUUAAAAAUGGCCAAAAACGCUAUGAGAGUUACUCCGGACGGAAAACUACGGCUCGAUCUCAGCAACGUCGGCAUCUCCACGUUUCCCAAAUGCCUCCUUAAACUAAGAAACAUACAGGAACUCGACCUGAGCCGGAACAAGCUGAAAACCAUCCCAGAAUUCAUCGGACAGUUCAGUGGUCUGCAUUGGUUAGACCUUCACAGCAACCAUAUCGAGCAGCUGCCGGAAAGCAUCGGACGCCUGGCAUCUCUGGUCUACCUGAACCUCUGUAACAACAAUCUAGACUCUGCUGGUUUAUCAUCUGAAAUGGGGGGUUUGGGGAACCUCCAAGUUCUGAAUUUGGGAAUGAACCGUCUGACCACUCUCCCCCCCACCUUUGUUGCCCUGACAAACCUGACGGAGCUGGGUCUGUUUGAUAAUUUGCUCACGGAGGUACCCGAAUGCAUCCACGUGCUGCCCAAACUGAGGAAGAUAAACACCAAACGCAACCCUGUGACUCACACACUAGACGGAAAGGGCUGUGAGUCUCUACAGAUGACGGGAGAUCUGUAUUUGGUCAGAGAAAGAGAUUUGUGUCAACCUUGUCUAGGGAGGUGUAAGGAGGAGAGGCAAAGACUGGGAAAGAAUAAGUCGUCAGAUCACAAGUCAAAAAGGAAGAGUCAUUUUUCAGGGCUGAUCACGCCAAACUCAGUAGCGCGGGAUAAUCAAGAAAUAUGGCGGCAACAGACAUUCAUCUCACCUCAAAGAUCUUAAAACGGACAAGCCAGACCUGCUGGAGAUACCAGUAAAGGGUCUUUUAUGGACAAAUGUUAACUUUUAAA